AUUUCACUCAUUAUUACUCUCUCCCCCAUAAUUAUUAUUUCUUCUCUUAUUUUUACUCGCCUCUUUCACCCCCUGGCAAUAGGACUUAUACUAUUAUUUCAAACUAUCAUAAUUUGUGUUACUGCCGGGCUAUCAAUGAACUCCUUCUGAUUUUCUUAUAUCUUAUUUCUUAUUUUCUUAGGAGCUAUAUUAGUAUUAUUUAUUUAUGUAGCAUCCCUUGCUUCCAACGAAUCUUUUAGAUUUUCAACCUCAUUAAUAAUAGUAUCUGCUUUUGUAUUAUUAGCAAGAUUUAUGAUAAUUUUCUUAGAUCCUCUCUUACUAAAUACUCCUAUUUCAAUUCAACAAUCUUCAUUACCCAAUGACCAGUUCUCUUCAACUCAGUCUUUACUAAGCUCUAUUUAUAAUUAUACCACUAUAAAUUUAACUUUAUUUAUCGUGAUAUAUCUUCUAUUAACCUUAAUUGUAGUAGUAAAAAUUACUAACACUUUUUUUGGUCCUCUCCGACUAUCAUCUUAA